UAAAACUUGUCAAUAAAAUUAUCAUAUAUAUAAAAUUAUUAAAGGUAAAAAAAUAAUCAAAACUAGAGUAAGUAUAAAUCAUCUGUAAUGUAAAUGGCAUAACAAUUUAAAUAAAAUUGGUUUAUGAACAUUAGAGUUUUAAGGGGUAUGAUUGAAAUUUUGAAACAAGAGUUGGGAUAUUUUUGAAGAAGGCAUUUUAGACAAAGUAAUAAGACUCUUAUUUAGUUAAAAACGAAAGUUUUUAUCUCUUUCAAUUCGAUAAAUAUAAUUGAUUACAAGUCUUAAAUUGCCCAAAGUAAGCAACUCACAAAUAUGUUAAUGAUAAAACAACAGGCCUUUAGUCAAAUUUAGUAGUUAGAUGCAAAACAUCCAUCUUUCUAUUAAAUACUGUUUGAAGUAUGCUUUCUGAGAUAUAUUUUGUAUGCUAAACUGCACUAACUGCUAGCUAAUGGUAGAUUGAUUUUUUAUAGUUUCUAAUGAAGUUGAAUUCAAAAACGAUAUUGUUGUUCCUUCAAUCACUUAAUUCUCAAAUUAAACUCAAGAUUUUAAGUUUGAUACAUUGAAGUUUUUCAUCAAAUUAUGCAUCUAGAUAUUAUAGUUAAUCAUGAUUAUUUAAUUUCUUUUUCUAACAUAAAGUUAAAGAAUUUUAAAGACUUACAAAUAUACAGGGUUAAAGGAGUACUCAUACUUUACAAAUAUAAAGACUUACAAAAUGGAGAUAAACAAAUGUACUACUUUUAAAAUAGGUAUUUUUUUGACAGUGUAUUGUUUGUGUUCCUCAAAAUUUCUCUGAAUAUCUGAACUCUUAAUAAUACUUCAAUCAAUCAGACUUUUCGUACCUCCUGCAGCUUAUGAAACCAAGCAACAAGGUAAGAUUUCGCCAAAUCUUCCACAUGCUCAAAAGAAGUCUUCAUAAAUCUUAGAAUCAUUAAGAAUCUGCCAAAUCCAUUUAGAGCUUAAAGUCAGUCCUCAAAAGAUUUGUUUGUCUUAAAUUACAUAUAUGUGAGCUUACCAAUGCUUGGCACAAGAAUCCUAGGCAUUCAAUAAAUAGAAAUCAAUUAACUGCUGGAAUUAACUAAAAUAAUAAAUUAUCUUGUGUAUAUAUAUAUUUAUAUAUAUGUGAACUUGUAUAGAUUCUUGAAUGCAAGAAAAAGCAUGGCCUGGCUAUGGUACCAAUUUUCCAUAACGUGUACCCAUUGCCAGAAAUGAACCAGACUGACACAUUUUGGAAUGCUUUUUCUGAGCUUGAAGAACUUUUUAAGAAAGGUUCAGAAAUUCUGAAGUGGAGGAAAGCAUUGGAAGAAGCAGCUAAUCUAGAAGAUGGCAUCAAUUCAAAUGAUUUUUGGAUAACAAUGCAUGCUUCGCUUCAAGAAAUGGGUUGGGAAAUUUUCCAAGAAGAAUGCAAUAGAGAUCCCAAUGAUCGUAGUCGUUUGUGGAAUCAUGCAGAUAUCUAUCAUGCGUUGACAAAUAAUAUGGGGAAUAAAACAAUUGAAGGCAUAUGCUUGGACAUGUCCAAAAUAACACAUAUAGAUUUAAAUCCACGUCCUUUCGCAGAGAUGCCUAACUUGAGAUUCUUGAAAGUAUAUAACUCACAUUGUGAAGAGAAAAGUAUUAAUAAGCUGCCUGUUACCAAAGACCUUGAAUUUGAUUUUGUUGAGCUAAGUUACCUCUUGUAA